AUGUCGCGGCAAGACCAAAAUAUAUUGGCUGAUAUUCUGACAGGCAUCAAGGAACUUCAGCUUAAUAUGGUUGCUCUCAAACAGAAAACCUCGAGGAUCCAGGACACCGAAGUCGAUACUACAGCGCGGCAAGCCUCAGCUUCAAUACUUCAGAUGAACGACGCCUUUGCAACCGAACAAUCCGUAACCAAGAUAUCAUCAACCGCACGGCAGACAAUCAUUAAAGAUCUAGUGCAGAUCUUGGAUUACAUGAGCGUGCUGAUACAAAAGGGUAGCUCUCUUCCUGGGAUGCGCUUCAGCGGAUGGGACUCAAAUGACCUUGAAUGUUAUUUUGAGGACAAACUCCAACCGCUCAGCUUCAGUACAUUUCCCACCGGAAUCGUGCCCUCAAAUCAAACAGCUGUAAGCACAAUAUUUGCAACGUUGGAGACAUCGGUUGGACGGCUCGAUUUACUUCUCCAACUGUCACAAUCACAUAAGGUUGGACAUGUCACCUCUGAGAAUGCCUUGGAAUCCAAAUUUCUUGCCAAAGUGUCGCUUUUACCAGGAGCGAAUCUUUCCAGAAGACUCAGAUCAUAUUUCGGUGCGAGCAACUACAUUGUCUCGGUCGAACUGUUUUCAAACCGACCGGGCUAUCCCUCAAAGCAAUCAGGAGGAGCGAUUCACGAGUGUUCCGCGUGGCAAACCGCGGCUCCCCCGAAGAAAUGGCGGGACUCUUUGCAGAUCGAGAAGCCUCAAGCACAGACUGCGAUGAAUACGGCCGGUCCCUACUUGGCUUAA